CAAAGUUUGUAAUUGCAGAGAAAUACUCCAUUUAUUUUGGUCAUUUCAUUUUCGAGCAGGAAGCUCACCUUUUUUGUUAUACCCUUUAGAUGAAUAGAGAGUUUUUUAAUUAAAUACAUAUUCUUUAAAUAAUGUUCCCUCUUAUAAAAAGUAGGAUAAUUAAAAAAAAUUUAAAUAAAACAGAAAAAUGUCUGUUUUUCUGUUGUCUGUUAUAUAACAUUAGGUAUGUUCGUGGCAAUUAAUUUCUUAAUCAGCUAAACAGGUCAUUUAAGAAACAGUCAAAUAUUAAGUUAAAUUUGAAAACAGUUUAAAAAAAAAUAUCCCCAUUCCAAAAUUUCACACGACAAUCUCAUUGGCUCACGGAGUGAUGAUGUCACAAGGUCGCCUUAAGAACCUUUAAUCCUUUGAAGUUUUUUCCACAAAUAGGGGUGAGACACAGCUAUUCUUAGUUCGUUUCUUCGCAGCAUUUGUGUGUGCAGCCUUCAAACGUUCACCACAGAAAGUUUUGGAAAGCUUUUCAGAGUCGUCGUGUACAACCUUCAACAUGUAUCCAACAAGACACCAGCCAAAACAAAAUGAACACGCCGCUUCUCCUUCCUGGCGUGGCCGGCCAAUUUCCCCAAAUGACCUCUUAUCCAUCCAAAGGGCAUUACAUGACAGUAGGAAGGAAAACUACCACCUCCAGAAUAAAAUUCAAAAAUUGAAGAAGAGAAACUUCAACUGGAGGAGAAGUGUAGACAGAUGGAAGCGCAAAAUAAAAACCUGGAGGAAAGACAACAACGCCAGCCCGACAUAGAAAUUAUUAAUGAGGGCUGGGGAAUCAGGUUUGGACAAGCCCGAGAGCAGAUCGUCUUCUUGAUUAAAGAAAACAAGCAGAAGACGGCGGAACUAAAGGAGAUGUCCAACCAGCUUCAAGACAGCAAAGCUACUGUUGAGAAGACAGAAUGGGAUCUCCAAUAUAUGGACCAAAUGAAUCAGCUGCUCCAAACCAAGUUCGAUGAAGCUGUGAAAAAAAAUAAAGAAAUCCUCCAACAGAAGGAAGAACAGGAGACAAAGCAAAUAGACUUGCAGCACAAACUCAAAGUCACGGAGGAAAAAUACAGAAUGCUGAAAGAAAAGUUGGAUGAAACAGUGAGCCAAAAUAAAGUCCUUCUUCAAGAGAAAGUGCAACAGCAAGAAACAUUGAAAGAAGAGAAACGUAUUGUCAAAGACUUUGAGGGUAAAAAUCUAAAACUGCAACAGUUUUGUAAUGAACUGAAGAACAAAACAAGUGAACUAGAAGGGGAAAAGGAAAAACUGGACAAAAGAUGCUCACAGAUGCAGAAAAGGAUUGAUCACAUGGCGAGAAACAACUCCGAGCUCACUAAGGGGAUAUUGUUGGAAUACAACAACUUGAAGCGCAAACACACUGAAAUGCAGGCGCAAAAGCAACACCAAGACAAAAUACAUGACGACCUGCAGCGUACUCUCCAAGACAUCCACAGAAGAAAUGAGGAGUUAGAAGACAUGUACAAAGAAGUACAAGAGAGAAAUGCAGACAUGCACAAGGACAAGCUAAUGCAGGAGGCAACAUCCAAAGAACUCAAAGAAAAGCUUGAAGAAAAACAAGCAGCAUUAGAAGAGGUGGAGCAAACAUGCAAGAAACUUGACAAGCAAAACACAGAAACAAUCGAUCAGCUAAGAACCCUCAUCUUGGAGAAAAAGGCGCUUGUGGAAAAGUCCAUGAAAAAAAAGAAAAAAUGCUUCCGCUUGCCCUGGAGGAGGGACUCUGCUGCUUCACCUGAUGUAGCCUCAUCUUGCUCCACCUCUGUCCUUCCCCCCAACCAGUCCCGGCAGUUGACUGUCCCCUCCUGAGCCUGGUUCUGCCGGAGGUUUCUGCCCGUUUAAAGGCAGUUUUUCCUCCCCACUGUCGCCUAGUGCUUGCUCAGAGGGGAUUGUUGGG